AUGGGGAAACUCGGGCGAUCUGAUUAUGACAAAGAGCGAAAUGUUUUUGAAAUUUGUAUCCCACCGAAACAAGAGCAGUUUUUUCAUCUGGUCAAGGUUCAGAAGACUGGCUUGGAGCACAAUGAAUUUCUCCGUCUAUUGAGCAGGAAGAUGAGAAUAAGAGAAAUCGACAUCGCGUAUGCUGGUACAAAAGACGCAAUCGCUGUGACAACUCAAUACUUGAGCAUCAAAAACUGCCCAGAAGACGAAAUCAAAAAGGCCCUGUCAACCAUUUCGUCCCUAGAACUCCUGGAAGUGCAUAAGUUCAAUCGGCAUUUGAGCAUCGGCGAAUUGGAGGCGAAUCAGUUCAAAAUCAAAAUCGAGUCUGAAGAGAAACUUGGUCCAAUUCAUCAGAAUUCAUUCAUCAAUUACUUCGGGCUGCAAAGAUUCGGAAAGGGAGAAGAGGUCAAAGCUGGAAUUUUACUUCUUUGCGGAAAAUUUGAAGAAGCGAUUCUUGCCCUCAUUCCCGAAGACUCGACUCUUGAGAAAGAAUGUCAACGAGAGCCAAAAACAAGCUACAAAUCCUUGUUCUUCAAGAACUUUCAAAAGUCAAAAGAAGCCGUUUUCUCUUGGAACCUGGUUCCACUGACGAAGAAAAAAUUCAUGCUUCAUGCGACUGGGAGUUUGCUUUGGAACAUUUUGUGCAACAGGGUUGAAACUGAUGAGCUCGAUUUCAUUGGAAGCGCUUCUGAUUCAGUUUUUGAACUGUAUCUUGCUGAGCUGAAACAGAUUGCCCCCGGUGUAGAAUUCUCAAAAGAGCUGAUAAACAAACGACUGGGGAAGAUAGGAAUGAGUUUGGAGAGCAUGAAUGGCUCUAGAAGAAUAAUCGUGGAAGCGGAAAAUGUGAGGCAAGAAGAAGAGAAUACGAUUUCUUUUCAGCUUGGCAAAGGAACUUAUGCAACGAUGUUUCUAAGAGAACUAUCUCACGGCGGGAUUGUUGGAUGA